AUGAUCAUCAGUAACAACUCCCAGAUCUCCAAGCAGUUAGGCCAAGCAUCAUCCAUCUCGAAAGGUGAGAGUCAACCGGGGGUGGGCUUCCCGUCCAUCCCCUUGACUGAUUCCAGUCGAAGAACCACCAUCUUCAUCAGUCAACAACAGGAACCAGUGAAUUCUCGGCUCGCGGAUCCCUCCCAUCUCACUAUCCGAGAAUCGACAACUGGGUAUUCUGCAGAAGUCGAUCGUCACCCAUCAAGGGGCUUCGAAAUGCAGCAUCUGGUCAACAAAGACGAUUAUCUGCUUGCCCGCGGCGCAAAUCCGAGAACGGGCGUGAUCACACCCGGUUUGCAUAGUGCAAGCAGCUCGAUUGACCAGCAACAUGCGAGACAUGGCCAAACUGCACCCCUACCUAGUCGAUGGCGACAAAAGGGCGAUCAAUGGGUCAGUUUUGAUCAUGGAGAACCGUCUCCAACCAAGACUCCUCCUGUUGGCGAACUUGAUGGAUAUCAGCGACAUGACCACUCUGCUCCCCAAACUUUCGGCCAUGACUCUGAUGAAGUGAAGUCGUCUCCUGGUGACCACCAGACUACUUCUUAUCAUCCGGUUCAAGCCUUGCAUCCACGACCCAAUGACAGUGUGGCUACUUUCCAGCUCAGGCCCACUCCUGGGGCCGUUGGCAUGUUUCCCAACACUUCAGAAACGUCCAAUGGACAUUUAGAACCACCUUUGGGUGGGAACAACGGCCCCCAAGUGAGAAGAAAGCCCGUCGGAAGCAGUCCAGCAACCCGAUCAAUUGAUGAAAAUCGUUCUCAAAAUGACAGUGGUGGAAGUACAGGUACUGUUGUGAGAAGGUUGCAUUUCUCAAACGACAUCCGCUCCUCUUCCGCACCAGAGCAGCCUAGUAUGCGCAACUUCACUCCAGCUGAUGUUGGCAAAGACCUGCCAUCUUUACCUCAAGAGCGACCAUCAUUCGAACAUUUACAGGAACCGAAACAGUCAACACCCAGUCCUUUUUUAGGCCCACGAGCAACAAACCUGGACUCACGCGUCCCGUCUUCAAAAAUCUCAAACAUCUCUGGCCAUCCUCUAGCAGAAAAAGAUCUACCAUGUCUGCCGAUGAACAAUGGCCAAUCGUUGUUGAUUCAAGAGAUGAACCAGGGCUCGUCCUGCCUGCAGAAAGAAAUCCACAGACCUCUGGUAAAUCAGCCGCUUCCCAAACAACAAAAGCUUCAAGGCCCUCGCGGCGGCGAUCAAGCAUAUCCAUUCGUCCGCACACCUCGGCCAAUCCACCAGCAACUCGAACAUCAGGAUCAAAGACAAGUAAGGCCAUUAGGAGGGAGGGAAAUGCCGGUGCCUAUCUACGACAAUCCUCCAGUCCAAGCAGCUCCUCCUAUGGUCGGAACAGAACCUGGAACACGAGGUCCGAGAGCAAUGCCUACGUGGAAUUCGAAAGUGAGACAACCCGUUCAGCGGAUAGAUCCAUUCAGCCAGCUAUUCAAUACCACUAUCACACACACGAACAUGUCUAUGAACCGGGAACUACCCGUCCGCAAUGGUAUCAGACCAAGCCCUCCACCACCUCUUCAUAGGGUGAUGAACCACGAGCGCUUUGGUUCCCUCCCGACACAUCCAUUAGUGCGCCCAUACGACACGUCCAUGAACACUGGCACGAGUACAGGUUCUAUGACAUCAAUCCCAUUGCAAAGAACUCGACCAAGAGCCAUGACUCGCCCUCAGAUGCCAAUCAGGGCCGAAGGGAUGUACGAGGUACCGCAAGUGGGCCCAAUCUGUCGUCAGCAAUACCCAACAAGUCAGGAGGGUUCAACACAUCGAGACCUGGGCCGUACAGACAGCCAGAUGUGGACCGCAGCAUACCGAGAAGAGGCACACCUUAUCCCACAACCGUUGAAGCCCCGACUGACGAUGAGUCAUGGCCAGAACAUCUCGCAGAACCAACAUUCAACAAGGGAGAACGAACGGACUUUGGGCGGCCUCGGACUGACGAGGAAAUGCAGUCGUUGCCAACACGGCCUCGUGGAUAUCAAUCCCGGUACCGCUAGUGUCAUCCCUACAUACGAUCUCCAGAACCGAGGCACCUCAAAAGAAGAAAACGCUAAACCAUCACACCCGACCGGGAGGGGCCUGCCAAAUGUACCAGAAGAAAGAAGGAAUGAGACGAGUUGGAAACAAUCUUCCAGCUCAAUGGUUACCCAUGAUGAAAGAGACCACUCGAUAUGUUGUCCAGAUUGCUGCAAAGAACGAGACUGUCACGAGGGCUGUCUUGGUCAUCCGAGCCUACAUUCGACGCCGAGCACAAGUCCAACGAAGAGCAUCUGGUCGGAAGCAGCUUCUCCAAGCAGCAGUAGUGAGAUUGAAGAAUCUGAACAUGAACAUGAUAAAGACAGUCUCACAUCUGAAAAGUUCACUGUUGGUCGAUUGGCUAUCGUCAAGUCGGCAUUUAAGCGCUCACCAAAACCACCACCUCUCAAAUCCAUCAACAGCAGUCCUAGAUAUCAACAUACAAACACUUCCGUCAUGAAUUCGCCAGCCGAGUCACCUCUGCCUCUUGGCAGUCCAGCUGGAAGUUCUAGUGGCGCAUCUGAUGGAAGUGGUACUGAUGGCUUGAAUGCAGCAAUGAGUGCGGCUGGUAGUUCGCGAGGGAAGGCCUCGAACUAUACUCUACAAAACCGACAGCGAAGCUCUAGCUCGCCAAUGAUUGGCGCUGAAGAAUUUUCUCGCAAGACCAGCAUCUCCAACAGUCAGCGGUCUGUGAGCGGACCACGGUUGAGGGUCCUAACACCUCGGGGACUCGCAAUUACAUGCUCUGGGAUGAAGACCCGGAAUGUUAGUGGUAGCAGCAUCUCCACUUUGGAACUGCAGGUACCCGGUCUAGGAACACUCGGUCUCGGUGUUAUGGGAGAGAUGAUCAUCGUGCCCUUUAAUGCCACAAAGAUGUGGAUCCGGAACCAUCCACAAGUCAUGAAGUUAGGUUGGGAAAUUCUAGAACGAGCAUGGCAAAUGAGUCAAGUGAUUGCCACGACCGCAUGGAGACUCUGGGCGCUGAUAUUCGUCUAUUCGAAGACUGGAAAGCUCAAGCUUAAUGUGGCGAAGAAGGAAACCACAGGUGGAUUUCUGCUUGACUGUGUCAGGAGUAGUGUUUACCUCUUGAUGUUCUUUGCUGUGGGCGUUUUUGCGAUGAGGGUCUUGAACAUCUUCAUUGGCGCGCUGGGCUUGAUUGGAUGGCUGUUCAGAGCGUUCUUCUGGGUCGCGAGGCAGAUAUUGGGGUUUGGGUUGGUAAGAUGA